GUGGAUUUCAAUCAUACACAGCCAAUAUGGGUAUGUAAAUUGUUCUUUUCCGCUGAAGUGUUCACCAUGGGUCGUGUCCGAACUAAAACAGUUAAAAAGGCCGCAAAGGUCAUAAUUGAGAAGUACUACACGCGAUUGACGUUGGAUUUCCAUACGAACAAGCGUAUUUGUGAAGAAGUAGCCAUCAUCCCCACCAAGCCUCUAAGAAAUAAAAUUGCUGGGUAUGUCACUCACCUGAUGGGUCGUUUGCGCCACUCUCAAGUCCGAGGCAUAUCUAUCAAAUUGCAGGAAGAAGAGCGCGAGCGACGCGAUAAUUACGUACCUGCUGUCUCAGCUUUAGAACAGGAUAUUAUCGAAGUUGACUCUGAUACAAAAGAAAUGCUGAAGCUUCUGGACUUCCAUAAUAUUCGUGGUUUGCAGUUAACUCAGCCUUCAACUGGCGGUACAUUUAACAGAAGAAAUUAAACCGUGUAUUUGAUACCAAAUAUACACAUUCUUUUUUUGCGAACGUCUA